UCAGUAAUACUUAAACUCAUUAGUGUAAUGCACUGCAAAGUAUGCAACACUGCUGAGUAUGAAGUUAAUGAAGAAUGCUGUCCAAUGUGCUCUCCUGGUCACCAUGUGUUAACUCACUGCGACAAAAAUUCAGGCACAAAGUGUAGAGUGUGCACUGGAUCAACCUACACCGAUGUCCCGAAUGGUCUGACAGCAUGUCUCAGCUGCACUGUGUGUGAUGAAGGUAAUGGAUUAAGGGUAAAGAAGAAGUGUUUAUACAAUUCAGAUGCACUCUGUGAGCCUUUGCCAGGACAUUAUUGUAUAGUAACUCAUGGUGAGAGCUGCAGAAAAGCCAGAGAGCACUCCACCUGCCUUCCUGGAAAAUACAUCAACCAGACAGGAACAGCUUUAAUGGAUACUUUAUGUAAGGACUGCUCUGAAAAGACAUAUUCAGAUGGUUCUUUUAUGCUCUGCAAACCACAUACAAAUUGUGAGUCUUUGGGGCAGAUAACAACCACACAGGGAACACCAUCGAGUGAUGCAGUGUGCAUCUAUAUGCCGUCUAAUCUCGGCCUCAUCGUUGGGAUUUUGUUGUCACUGAUAUUGUUGAUUGUCAUUUUAAGUGUUUUAUUAUGGAGGAAUAAGAAAGCUUUAACAUGCUGUAGAAAUCAUUUUUACUGAGAACAUUUUAUAUACAUUAUAUUUGUUUAAUGUGUUUACAGAUAUUUACAAUCUACUGUGUACCACAACAGAUUGCUUUAAGACUAUAUGAGAAGCCCAGUUUCCCCUAAAUAAAAUUUCUUAAAAAUGCUUUACUGAAAUGUUUACCAAAGUGUCUGUUAGUGGUCGACCGAUAUGGGUUUUUUUUUUUAACUGCAGAUGUCGAUAUCUAGAAAGCAGUGUGAGGUUGAUAUAACACAAAUUUACUUACAGUAAAUGAGACAUACAGAAAUUGGUGAAACUAAAUGAACAUUUAUUUUGCAUAACAUUUAUGUAAUUCUCUCUGAAGAACUUCAAAAAUAUUCACUUAAGAAAUUUGUACAAAGAAAAAUAAAUAAGUUCUCCUUGUGUCUUAGCAGAACAAAAAAAGAAAAUACAUUUUAUUUAAAAACUUAUGUAUAAUUUGAUUUUCCAAUCACAUAAAAAAAAUUGUGCUGCUAUAAUCCAGUAGCAGGUUAUAGAUAACAUUUAUAAAUUAAUUCAAUGAACAAAUCUGACCAAUGGUCAUUAAUUAAAGACAAAAAAUAGUAUGUGUUAUUCUAUGUAUUUUAUCUACACAACACAUAAUCUCAAAACCGGUUGUUUUACUUUAAUAUGACAUUAAUUGUGGACAAAUAAAUAUUUUAAUAUAUACAGUAAGUAUAUAUUUCAGUAAGUUCCUGUGUUGCUGGAGCUUUUACAUUUCAAUAAUGGUUAAGUGGUCUGUACCCCAAAAAUGUCUGUAACCCCAAAGUCCCCAGGUCAGACACUUUGUUUGUUUGUUUGUUUGGGGAGAAUUAAUUCAAUUAUUAUUUUUUAAGAUCUGUUGAGCCUUUUGUACAUUUUGUUUACAACAUUAAAACAAUUUUUAAAAAAACUGUUCCUAGCCAU